AUGGAACCCGCUUCCAACAGCUCUGCUCAUUCUACGCUAUCAGUCAUGUGGGAGCACAUCUGCAAAUACGCGUUCCUUUGUACCCGAAACGACUCGCGUCUCCUACCUGAUCUCACCCAACCUGACGCUACCAAAUGCCCCUACUUCGGUCUCAGCAGCACUAGCAGGACCAUGGUCAUCUCUUCUGAGCUCCUCCUCAUUACAGUUCUUUUUAUAUGGGUGCUCCUUGAAGCCUGGAACGAGGCUCAAGCUCCGCCUGACGAUCCGCUCACGAACGUUGAGGAGCCCACAGCAUACCCCGUCGCACGAGCUACGAGCAACUUCUCUGAGCAAAUGAACUGGUACAUGGACAUCAUGGGAGUCGCAGUUGCUAUCUUUAUGCGACUCGGAAUGGCGAGGAUUGGCCUCGGGCUGCGCGAGAAGUCAGCGGAAGAGAUCAAGGCGGACAGAGAGAAGAAUGAAGAGUUGCGUGAACUUCUGAAGGCGGCCAAGGAGAAGAACAAGGAGCUGCGUAGGUGUGUGAGGGAAGUUCCCAAGGAGGACGACUCCGCUAAUGGUAAUGGCGAGAGCGAUAUGCCGGAGUCGGAGUUUGACAACACCAACAACGGCUCUGGUGAUCGUGCCGAGAACGAUGUUUCGAAGCUGGUCGAGGAGAGCGAUGGUUCUGGCGACGAUAGCGAAGACGAUAUGCCGGAGUUGCUUGAGGGGGUCAGAGAGGAAGAGGAGAGCAAUCUUCCAGAGUUCAUUGAUUAA